UCUGCAUCGAUAGCACGCCACUCGUAAUACCGUGGUUCGGUUCUUUAUUAUAUAAUUUAAAUAUAAUUUAAACAAAUCCCAAGCCGAGUGUCUGAGCGUGGAGUUACCGUCGUGAACAAUGGUAACGAGGUGACAAUUGCACACAUUUUCGCACUAGCCACUACAGCUACAGUAGCAACAUGAGAGACGAUGAUGACACCGCGGCACAGAAUGCACACGCAACAACAACAACAACAACAAGAACCUCACCACCCACCACAGGCCGAAAGUCGGGUGUACCUCGGUCUAGCCAUGCGAGCGUCUUCACGGAGCGCUUCUUUGGCUCCUUCCAGUGGGAGGAGUUCGCCUGCGGAUGCGGAGCAGCAGGUGUCAACAUUUCCGCCACAUAUCCCAUCUACAAAAUGAUCUUUCGGCAAAUGCUUCAUGGCGUGCCCAUCACCUCCGCCUUCGCACAGCUGCGGCAUGAGGGGCUUAGCUUUCUGUACCGCGGCAUGCUGCCGCCAUUGGCGCAGAAAACCAUCUCGUUGUCCAUAAUGUUUGGUGUGUUCGAUGGCACGCGGAGAUAUCUGGUGGAAGACUAUCGCCUGAAUGACUACGGGGCCAAGGUGAUUGCCGGCGUAGUGGCGGGCAGUGCCGAAUCCAUACUGCUACCCUUUGAACGCGUGCAAACGCUGCUGGCCGACUCGAAGUUCCAUCAACAUUUCUCCAAUACCUCAAAUGCGUUCAGAUAUGUGGUGGCCCAUCAUGGAUACCGGGAGCUCUAUAGGGGCAUAGAACCAGUAUUUUGGCGCAACGGCCUGUCCAACGCAUUCUUCUUUGUGCUCAGGGAGGAGGCCAGCGCGCGGUUACCCAAAAGGAAAUCGGUGUCCAGCAGAACAGCACAGGAAUUCGUUGCGGGUGCCGUCAUAGGUGCCAGCAUUAGCACAAUAUUCUAUCCGCUCAAUGUGAUCAAAGUGUCGCUGCAGAGUGAAAUGGGCCAUCGGUCGGAGGGCAGUUGGCAGGCAUGCAAGAGAAUUUAUCGCGAACGCGACAGUCGCAUUGGGAAUUUCUAUCGCGGCUGUGCCUUCAAUACGGGCCGUUCCUUCAUCAGUUGGGGCAUCAUGAACACGGCCUACGAGAACCUGAAAAAGCUGAUGCACGAGCAACCGCAAAUGCCACAAAUGCCGCACACAGCUCCGAUAUCAACAAGUAAGUGAUGGGGGAGGAGGAUUAGCAGGCCAAACGAGAGGUUGGAGGAGGUUGCAUUAUGUAUUAGGUUGCAUCUAGACCAAAGCUGAAUGUACACACAGGAACUUCUGUUGAUUUCUGCCUUUUAGCUAGCAAAUUUUUGUUCUCGUUUUAAGUCUGAGAUUUAGAUAAAUUAUUGUACAUAAAACAACAAACAUACUACUACUAAUCCUAUAAGGAGCAAUAUAUCCAUACGAAAUGCCAAAGUUUUGUGUGGCUUUUGUGAGCAUUUAAAUGAACCGCCCCCCCAACCCGAACCUACUGCAAGUUUAAAGUUUAAUUAGUUAACGAUAAUUUGUACAUACUAAUAGAACCCAGUUGAAUAUAUAUAUUUAAAAUUAAAUUGUGUUGCUAGUGACGUUUGUGAUUCAUCGAAAUUACUAAACUAAAAACAAUUACUCUGUGAAUUGAAUGUUCUUAAAUAAAAAGUGUAUUUGUAAUUAAUUA